AUGCCCUACGCCGCCCAACUCGAGAUCGCUCGGCUCGAAGACGAACACGCGGUGCUCAUCGAACGUGCGAACGCGUUCACGGAGGCGAAUAAGCGCGAAUACGCCCUGGAGAUUGCGCGACGAGCGAAGGACGCCGCCAGAAAAAUUGCAUCGAAAACGUCGACGUGCGCCGCGCCGAGCGCGCGCGCGGUCCCGCGCGAGCACUGUUCGUCGUUGUCGUGCGCGCGGUUCCGCCGCGAGUACGUCCGUCGGGACGUCCCGGUGGUCAUCACUGGGUUGCGCGACGUCUUGACGGAGGACGGCGCGGACGGCGAGCGGUGCGCGUGGCUCACGCGACGCGCGGGGAACAAAAAGGUGGCGGUGACGCGAGAUCACGGGCACAGGAAUUCCACGGCAUCGUGCGCGUCGACGGAUGUGGUGGAUUUGAGGGAGUAUUUCGACGAGGUCACGAAGGACGCGUCGCCCGGGAGCUAUCUGUACGACGUCUCGGUGCCGUUAAAAUUGCCCACUUUAACCGAGUCCAUCUUUUUGCCAAAGUACUUUGCGCACGAUUACGUGCAGCGGACGAUGCGGCUGACCGCGUUCAGUCGCUCGUGGCCCAGUCUGUUCGUCGCGGCGAAGGACACGCGAUCGACGCUGCACGUCGAUCAAUGGCAAGGGCAUUUUUUCAUGGCCAUGAUUCGCGGCACCAAGCGAUGGACGGUGUUUCAUCGCGACGCCACCCCCUUCUUGCGACCGAGCUGGUUGCGAGGAACGCUCGAUCCGGCCAUGCCUGCGCUCGAAGAGCAAUGCGCUUCGGGACUGAGCGAACACGCCGCGCGAUGGGACGUCGAUCUCGGUCCCGGCGAGGUACUCUUCGUCCCCGGCGGCGCCCCGCACGCGGUGCACAAUUUGGACAGCACCGUCGCCUUCGCCGGGAACUUCGUGGACGACGCCAACCUCGAACGGGCGUUAGUCGACCUCAAACUCAUGGGUUUGAAUCAAGGCGAGCGCAUGAUGGAGAGCUUCAUCGCGCUCGACGAGAUCGACUUCGACGACGCGACGGAUCUCGACGACGACGACGCCGACGCCGACGCCGACGCCCCCCUCGAUCCUCGAGACCUCGUCGUCGCCAUCGACGCCCACCUCGCUCGACGUCCGUAG